UCAACAAGCGGCAGGAGGGAGUGUGUAAGUCUGGGAAGGAGUGGAGGACAGUGAAGAGGACAGAGCAGACCAGAGGACACCAACAUGAUGGCCAUGCAGACUGAACUAUUGUCUCUCCUUUUUCAGCUGGCUGUCUCACUGGCGGCUCCUGUGCCGUGCGAGCAGAAAGUGUUGAGUCUGGAGGAAGAGAUUGCCGGGCUGAGGAAUGUGAUCAACGACCAGCAGAGAUAUAUCCAGGUGCUCCACAACCACCAGGCUCAGCUGCUGGAGCAUGUCCCCAAUUCACAUCUGGGCCCCCAAAACCUCUACAGAGAUUGCUCUGAGGCGUUUUCUGAGGGGAAUGUGGCCAGUGGUUUGUACGUGAUUCGGCCCGAUGGUUCACCCACAGCGCUCAGUGUUUACUGCGACAUGAAUGACGGCGGAGGAUGGACAAUCUUUCAGAGAAGAAGAGAUGGCAAAGAGAACUUUGACAGAGCAUGGGUGGAGUACAAGCAUGGAUUUGGCGACCUCCACUCUCCAGACGGAGAAUUCUGGCUGGGCAACGAUGCGCUACACUAUCUCUCCUCACAAGGAAAGUAUGACCUGCGCAUCAAUAUGGAGGACUUUGACGGUAAUGCACGCUUUGCAGAGUACAAGAACUUCAAAGUGGACAGUGAGAAGGACCAGUACCAGUUGCACUUAGGGGACUACAGUGGAAAUGCCGGGGAUGCCCUGGCUGACCUGCACACCAGCCAGCGUCCAGCUCCAGGCAGCGGCUUAACCAAAGUCAAAUUCAGCACCUAUGACCAGCAGCCGGGCGGCGACGCCAAGUGUGUCAGGCACAGCAAGUCCGGCUGGUGGUUCAGCAGAUGUGAUUCCGGGAACCUGAACGGCCAUUACUACAAAGGACCGUACCAGGCGAUGACUGACGACGGGGUGGUGUGGUACACAUGGCACGGCUGGUGGUACUCCAUCAAAUCCGUGGUCAUGAUGGUGCGAGCCGUGAACCUGCAAAGUCCACCGGCGACGUCCCCGAGACAGUUGGACCCAAACAGAGCAGCGGGUCGUUUUACUUAUUAACUCACUUGACUGAAAUGCUGCUGAGGCAGGGGUGUCAAACGUACGGCCUUGGGGCCGGAUCAGGUCCAGGAACAGUUUCUAUCCGGAUGAGGUUGCGUAAUAUAAAAAAUGAACUUGAAAUUUUUUAAUGAAAGAAACUACUGUUCUAAAUGUGUCCACUAGAUGUCACAAUAGCGAUUAUUUGUAUCUUCGUAGAUGAUGCUACAUACGUACAAAAUAAACUACGUGAUGGUAGAACACCAGUCGAGGAAAAUGAUCAAACCACGUAAAUAACACAGUAAUUUUUAUCUUUAUAGACUGAAAAUUAACCACAAUGAGUUGUUAAUUGACAUCGACAUUACCACAUAACUUAUUCAGAAAAUAUAUCCAUCCAUCCAAGCAUGUUUUACCGCCUGUCCCUUUUGGGGUCGCAAUGGGGUGCUGGAACCUAUCUCAGCUACAUUUGGGCGGAAGGCAGUGUACACCCUGGACAAAUUGCCCCCUCAUCGUAGGGCCUACACAGAUAGAAGGAAGGAGCCCACGCAGUCACGGGGAGAACAUGCAAACUCCACACAGAAAGACACAGAGCCCGGGAUUGAACUCAAGACCUUCGUAUUGUGAGGUACAUGCACUAACUCCUGUACCACCGUGCUGCCCCAGUGUAAUUUUGUGGAUUGAAAAUUAACCCCAAUGAGUUGACUCAUCAACAUUAUCACAUAACUUAUUCAGAAAAUAUAAAUAACAACAAAUAAAGAAUAUAUAUAUAUACAGUUGUGAUCAAAAUUAUUCAACCCCCACAAAAUGUUUGUGUUUUAGCAAGUUGGACAUUUAUUCUGUAUUUUGUUUAUAGUCAUAUCAAAUAAAGAUGUGGGGGGGUCAAGUACCUUGGAGUCUUGUUCAUGAGUGGGGGAAGAGUGGAUCGUGAGAUCGACAGGCGGGAUCGGUGCGGCGUCUUCAGUAAUGCGGAUGCUGUAUCGAUCUGUUGUGGUGAAAAAGGAGCUGAGCCGGAAGGCAAAGCUCUCAAUUUACCGGUCGAUCUAUGUCCCAUCCUCACCUAUGGUCAUGAGCUUUGGGUUAUGAUCGAAAGGACAAGAUCACGGGUACAAGCGGCCGAAAUGAGUUUCCUCCGCCGGGUGGCGGGGCUCUCCCUUAGAGAUAGGGUGAGAAGCUCUGCCAACAGGGAGGAGCUCAAAGGAAAGCCGCUGCUCCUCCACAUGGAGAGGAGCCAGAUGAGGUGGUUCGGGCAUCUGGUCAGGAGGCCACCCAAACGCCUCCCUAGGGAAGUGUUUCGGGCACGUCCAACCGGUAGGAGGCCACGGGGAAGACCCAGGACACGUUGAGAAGACUAUGUCUACAGGCUGGCCUGGGAACGCCUCGAGAUUCCCCGGGAAGAGCUGGACAAAGUGGCUGGGGAGAGGAACGUCUGGGCUUCCCUGCUUAGGCUGCUGCCCCCGCGACCCGACCUCGGAUAAGCGGAAGAAGAUAUGGUUGGAUGGAUGGACCCCGACUUAAACACGUCGAAAAACUUAUUCGGGUGUUACGAUUUAGUGGUCAAUUGUGCGGAAUAUGUAAUGUACUGUGCAAUCUACUAAUAACAAGUUUCAAUCAAUCAGUCAAUCAAAUUCAAUCAAUCAAAAACUUGGGAGUAGAUUUUUCUCCAUGUGGCCCCCCGAUCUAGAACAAGUUUGACACCCCUGUGCUACAUAGCGCUUCUGUUGUCGCUUUGGCAUUACGGUAUCAUUGUAACGGAGCGUAGAGAAUAAAAACAUGACGAGAACGACGUGGUAUUGUACUAUAUUUAUCCUAUUUUGUAAAAAUAAAGGAACUCGCUGAGGCAUUCUGGAUACACUUGAGGUUUUUGAGCAACAUGGCCAUUGUCUCUGAAUGAAGUUUUGCGGACUCCAGGCGACUUUACAUGGUAUUGAUUAUUGCCAUUUGUACGGCUCUGGCCUGGAUAAGACUACAUUCCACAGAGUAAAGUAAGGUUGGAAGGAGCGAAACACAGAACGUCUGUAGGACCAGGUCCAAGUCCAUAGUUCGGGUGUAUGCAGCAAACUGCAUGUGAAGUUCGUUCACUUCUUCAGGCGCGUGAUUGAUUGAGCUUCGCUCUUUGGGAGGAAAGAAACAUACACUAUAUAUUGCCAAAAGUAUUCGGCCACCAAUUUAAAUGAUCAGAAUCAGGUGUCCUAAUCACUUGGCCCGGUGACUCAGUGUGAUUUCCAGCAUGGAACUGUCAUAGGGUGCCGCCUGUGCAACAAAUCCAGUCGUGAAAUGUCCUCGCUCCUAAAUAUUCCAAAGUCAA